AUGGAUUUCAGAAAGGUCUUCCGCUCAGUCGCUCGCGUUUUCUCCAUCAAGGACAAGAAGGUCACAAACCAGCAAAACACUAGGAAGUCUAGGAAGCUCACCCUAAGCCGAUAUCCUAGCAAGACUACCAGUUUCACUAAGUAUAGAGUCAAGGAUCUCAUUGACUUCUUGACCGGUAGCAGAUCCAGAAGACAUUCCACUAGUAAGCAAAUCCCUGAAAUUCAAGCAUCUAUGAUGCCAGAUACUAACAUUAGCUCACCAGAAUCGGCACCCGAAUCAGAAACACUGGUCGGUUCUUCAAAUCUUUCCUCGACAGAAAAUCACACAGUCGAGACAUUUGAGCAAGUCCCAGACCAUGCUGGCGCAGAUAAUGCGAAUAGCUAUCCCAUUGACGAUGGACUUACAGGUCUUGCAUUUGCACAAAAUGUCUUGCCAGUGUUGACGGCAGUUGUUGGUGGUAACCAGUCCAUUGAGGACGUAGAAGUCGCAGAUAUUGCUGCGCUUCCAUUAAAACCACCCGCUCCUUCAAUCAAGUCGGUUCUUGACGGCGACUUAAACAAUAUCAACGAUCAAUCAGUUGAGGUAUCAGAAGCCGCUGGUCCUGCUAUCUUUGUCAAUCAUGAUUUUGUUGACAGCCAAGGUAAGCCACUCAGAAUCUACAACCCUUAUGAGAAGACAAAUACUGACGUUCAAUUUCCCAAUACAGAUCCAACAGCUGAGACUCUGAUUAAGGGAACAGAUGACGCAGAGCUUGCUGCUACCAUCUUCCAUGAAAACAUGGAGGAUAAUAUUUUGGCCGUGGUAGCAACUGAAUUAUCUAUCGAUGUUCCGGAAAUUUUUCAACCGGCCUUCGCACCAUUGGCUACACCAAAUAAUUUACAGAUGGUAGUAUACGAACCAGAAGUAACCGAACCAAUCGGAAGCGAUACCUUGACUCCUGAUUCGACCCAAAUCCCCUCAGCCGAAGUUUCACCAAGUGUUGAUGCUGCAAUUCAAUCAUCUAAGAGAUCCAUCAAUAGCAUCGGGAGUUCUGCCAUCCAGGAUGAAUCGAUCACUUCGAAUGAGGAAAUUGUCUUAAUCUCAGAGGAAAAUCAUGUCACGUUCCCAGACCAUAUUGGUGGGUAUCAUUUGAAUGGUCCAUUCGCUACAGCCACCACAGUUCCACAUAAGGCGCGCAGCUUUUGUGAUAGGGUCUUCACUGCCCCUCAGCUAGAGGAACGAGCAUUGAGUGAGGAUGAAAAUUCUGAAGAUGUGGUCCGUCAACGACGCAAUUCGGCACCUGGAAAUCUAGUUUCGCCAGACUCUCAUUAUCCAACGGGGAGACGUGCCAGUUUAACUCCAUCUGAUGCGGAGAAUGAGGCAAUGCUCAAUGAUCCCAACAAUUACAUUGUUCAUGAUGACGCAGACAUGUACAUUGAGCCUCAACUCAAUAUAUAUCCCUCUCAUUUUGCGCAGCCUGCUAUUCCGAUGGUUACUACACCAAUUGGUGUCCCUGCGGAAAAUACUUCUCUUCAAAUUCUGACACUAGAGAUUAUUUGCUCUCAUGUUGACAGUCCAACACCUUCGGCCUCUGCAUCUGGACCACUGUCGCCAAACGAAUCAGACUCAGUGGAACAAGAAGUCUUCACAUCGGAGCUUAGGGAGCGGUUGUCGUUGGAAUUUGCAAAGCAAGAAAUCUUUCUAUCAGAACUUCGAAACACUUUCCCUAUUGAGGAGGAUAGUCCUGAUGUAGUCAAUGAACAAGUUGAGGAAGUUAUUGUACCUUGGAAAGUCAGCCAACCCGGUGAAACUCACGCGGCAGAAAUUGUACGCAUGUACCGAAUUCCACGCUACAGUCAAUUCAGAUCAGUCUUUCCUGCUCCUGGUUUCACCCUUCCUUGGGGUCCCCAAAAUCCGAUUCCAACCAGAAUAGAUGAUUUCAGAGGUAACGACCCUUGGCUCCCAACACCAUGGACGAAUUCAGAUGCAUACCAUCAACUAAAUGGAAUUCAGAGGCGCUGGGUUCAAUUGGAGGUACGUUACCAGACAAGAUUAUUCUGGCUAGGCAUGAACUUCAAAGCAGCAGUCCAUCUUGAGGAAAAUCCUCAGGAUAGACUUUACGCCUUUAACAAUUUCUGCGGGUGGUAUGGAUGCCAGGCCGAAAAAUGUAAGCAUCGUCGAGUCGACGGCCGUCUAUAUUUCUUUGAUCUAGAUAGCUACUACUCUACAUGGAAGCAGCUUCGGGAUCAGCAGUUGCUACUUGACAAUGAACCGAGUAACGACAACGCUGCUCAUGAGCCUGAGACUGAUGUAAAUGCUCUUGAGCAGACAGCGCAUCGUAAUCAAGAAGCCCGUGUGCUACAAGGCCGGGAACAAGAAGUUCGAGAGCAAGCAGUUCGAGAGCAAGAAGCUCGCGAACAAGAAGCUUCUCAAGUGGAACCUGAUGAUAAUCGAUACGCUGAUCUCAAUUCCUCGUUGAAGUUUGCCAAUUCGGCAAAAGCAGCCAAAAGAGAGAUGCCGAGCCUUAUGGAUUCUGAGGUUGCGGUGGCGAAGGCGAACUCUGUCAUCAUUCAAGAGGUUCUGGCUCGUAAUGAAGCUCAGCAAGUGGAGUUGAGACCUUCACAACUUCCCAAUGCUCAAUUUGGUCUCGCGAUGAUCAAUGGACAAGCCCAACCAAAGCAAUCUCGAUGGGCUCAAGUGUUUGGAGAACAAAAGAAAGAUGAUUGCGCUAAGGUCGAGGUACCACAGAAUUUAGUUCCAGAUACCACUGAAACUCCAGCUCCAGUUGGCAAUUUUGGUUUAGUGGUGGUUGAUUUCCCUGUCCAACCAAAAAAAUCUCGCUUUGCAGAGUUCUUCCCCGUAGAUUCGGUUGCGGAGGAGACUUCCAGAAAUCCUGCUCCACAGGCUCACUUUGGUUUAAAGAUGAUUGAGAUAUCUGUUCAACCAAAGAAAUCUCGAUUUGCAUCGGUCUUUGAAGCGCAAGCAUCGACUAGGCAAGGAGUCACCCCCGCUCCAACAUUGGACCGUGAAGAUUCCAGGGAAAUACUCGAUUCUCUCCGUGGUGGCAACAGCGACUUGUCUACUCGUGAUACCAGUCUUGAGCCACCGCAGAAGUCAAACUUCAAUCUAGAGGCAAACACCGCGUCAGGCACUGAUGCUCAAUACGAGGAAGACGAAAGUGAUCUGUACAGUGCUUCACUAUUAAGAGGACCGUCUCCAGCUCCUACUGAGUCAAGUCAAUCGUCUUCAAUUCCAGCUCCCGAGGGGUUCAUGGAUGGCUCCCUUGCCUCAAGGCAUCAAGGCAACUGGCAAUUGUACGAUGACCGGGGAUCAUUGCUUGAUGAUCAUGUCGAGAACGUCGGUGGCUUCGUCAUCAAAGAUACAAUGGAAGGACUCGGUGACGAUGAAGCCUUCGUGUUUGGACAGGUUGAAUUCCCAAUCGAGGUAUCUCACAAAGAAUUUCGCGAUACACUUGAUGGGGAACCAUGGAUAUUCAUCGGAGUUGAGGACUCUCCUAAUAAUAUGGAAUUUGAUGAAGUCCCAGAGGGUGUCGAGCUUCAAGAAGACUUCUUCAAGGAGGGCUGGCCACUUGAUGAACGCGAAGAAAACAAUCUGACACAGGCCAUCAGAGAGGGAUUGGAAGAAGAGCGUUUUGCAAUCAUUGAAAUUGUCAGUGAUUCUGAGUACUACGUCAAUGCUCCUGAUUCUGGAUGGGAAGCUCCGGAGGAUAGUGAUGCCACUGAGUCCGAUUCCGACGAAUCUGACGAAGAUUGCAGCGACACCGAGAAUGACUCUGAUUCUGAUUCUGAUUCUGAUUCUGAUAAAGAUGGCGGCGACACCGAGCCCAACUGUGAAUCUCGAGAGUCGGAUAAAAAUAGCGAUGCUGCUGAAACUAAAGCUCAGGGAUCAAAUGAAAUAGACAACGAUUCUAUGUCCAAAGGCCAGGAAUCAGGCAAGGUUGUUGAGAACACUGAAUCCAAGUAUCAAUUCAGUCGCAUUCCCAUCCAAGCCAGACCCGCUGUCUCUGGAUUAAAUCUCGCUUUCCAAAAAUCCACCGGCAUAGAGAUUGGAUACCAUGUCAAUGAGCAUCCAGGUUUUACCAACGACCCAGAUGCUUUCAUCGACAGUGAACCCCGUCCACUCCUGCAAGAAGAUGCCAACAUGGUGCACUCUUCCAACAUCAUCAGACAGAUUGAUCACGCGAGAGAUGAGCUGAUCAAUAGAUGGAUGAACAGGGAAGAUUACUAUGAUCCCGAUGGACCAACUUGCCGAUACGUCCUGAAGGAAGGAGAACGAGAUGGUGAGAGGGUUUGUGAUGACAUGCCUCAAGUCUUGGUUCUGAGGAUCCAAGACGCUGAGAACAAGCUCUGGGCUAGCGGUGCAACCUUUGCCAAGAUAGCACUUGCUAAGAAGUUGCAAGCUCCCGAGAUGACGACGACCUGCGAGUUGGAAUUUGCUCUCCCUGUCCAAGUCAAUAAUCAAUGGAAGCCAGAUUUCGUCGCGAAGUGCGUCAAAAAUGUGGACCUCACAGAUGCUUCGCUUUUCCUUGGGAAACACGACCUUUUUACUUUUGAUGAGAACAAGUCAACGUUUUAA